AUGCAGGUGGUGGUGGUCCACGACUCCUCUGGCGGACGUGUGGCCUGCGCGGCCUUCCGCACUCACCACGGCGGGGGCUGCUACUCGGAAGAGGAGUGGCGAAGGCAAGCGUGGCUGAACUUCUCAGGAGCUUUCCAGCGCUGCGGUCCAAGUGCGGUCUGCGUGGCAGGGCACGAGAGUUGUCAGGAUGCCUGCUCAGCGGAUGUACAGUGCGAGCAGUUUCCAUUGAGACUCUGCAGCCCUGAGAUAGGGCAGUGUGUUCACAAGCCUCUCUUUGGCAAUCCAGCAGGAGCCGACUUUGCUGCGGCCUUCCUCUUCUUCCUGAUUAGUGGCCUUGCCCUCAGUGCUGGCAUCGGUGGGGGUGGACUGUACGUGCCGCUGCUGAUGAUCAUCCUCGGUUUCCAGGUGCACGAAGCCACUGCCAUUUCCCAGCCCUGCUUGGCGGGAGGUGCCGCAAGCGCUUUGGUUUACAACCUCCGACAGCGCCACCCAUCUGGCCGCAAGCCCAUGAUAGACUACGACUUGGUGCUGAUCAUGGGGCCCAACUUGCUGGUGGGAGCCAUGGUAGGCAGCUUCUUGAACUUUUCGCUGCCCUCCUGGCUGAUACUGGUGAUGCUGGUGGCGAUCCUAUGCCAUUCGGCAUUUAAGACCUUCAAGAAGGCCGUGGAGACCCUGCGGAAGGAACGCGCUGGGGAGGUUCGCGGGCUGAAGCCGAACAGUGAUGCCCGCCUCUCCAAGAACCCCAUCGAGCGAUGCCUCAAGUUGCUUGGCCUCAGCAAGCGCUAUGCUGAGUUCGAGGACCCGGGGGGCCCCGCGGCGCCCCCUUCCGUUGUCGGCCGCGAGCUUGAUGCAGGGCAGAUCAAGCUGGAGCUGCAGAACUCGGUGGACAAGGAUCCUGAAGGACAGAUCCUGGAACAGAAGAUGGCGCGGGAGCCCUCGCUGGACACAGCACAGGUCUCGCAAACCUCGCAAAACGUGGGCCAGGAGCCGCAGUACCCGCGCGGGAAGCUCAUAGGCUUCUUGCUGAUGUGGGUCGUGCUGGUGUGUUCCAUCUUCUUCCGUGGCGGCCAUGCCACUCCAGGCAUUGUUGCCGUGUGUUCGAGCAUGUACUGGGUCAUCGCCCUCGCCACCGCUGCCCAGCUCGUCAUCCUCAGCAUCUCAUCCUCUGCCAACGCCAUGCGCAUGGAGGCAGAGCGAGUCCAUGCUGGCCGACCAGCACAAGACGAGGAUGCAAUUCAAUGGACGUUCCGGACUGCAGUGUCUGUCUCCGUCUGGUCACUGUUUGCUGGCAUGCUUGCUGCACUUUGCGGCAUCGGCGGCGGCAUGAUCAUGGGUCCUAAGCUGUUGGACCUGGGGUGCUUGCCGCAGGUCCAAAGUGCAACGACUGCUACGACUUUGUUCGUCAUGUCCACAUCAACCACAAUUGCCUUCUUGGUGCAAGGCACUGCGCCCAUUGACUACUCCCUCUUCCUGGGGCUUGCCACCGCUAUGGGAGCCGUUGUGGGCAAGGCCGUGAUUGGCUGGGUCGUAAAACGGACCCGCAGACCAUCGGUCAUCAUGUUCAUCCUUGGCGGCAUCAUUGCAACAUCCGUGGCGGUCAUGUCUGUGACCGGCUUCAUCGAUGUGGUGGACGACAUCAUACAGGGCCGCGAUUUGGGCUUCCGAGAUCCCUGCAUCGUUGCCUGA